AUGCCACAUGGAGGAAGUGGAAAUAUAAUGUCAUCGUCGUUGCCUUCAAGUUCAUUUAUGAAAAUGGCAGCAUCCAAUAGUGCCAGCAACAACAAAACAAAUUCAUCCUCCUCUUCUGAUUUGACAUUUGAAAGAAAAGAAAUUAAAUCCAAUAGAGCAAGUAUCAUCAACAAUACCAAUAAUGGAGAUAUGUUAAUCACUCCAAUCGCGUCAUCAUCGUCACAAUCUCAAAAUAGCUCUCCUAGUUCUAUGACUCGAAAGAAAAGAGUUUUCACCAUUGAAGGCGCGACAUUUUGGAAAAUCUUACUUGCAAACAAACAAUAUUUACAUUCAUGUAUGGAGGCACAAAAAACUAUUUGCAUUCCUCCCGAUGAAGAAGUGGAAUAUGUCUUUCAUCAUUUGAAAUAUCCUGCUUCAAAACUUCAAGCUUUUAUUAAGGAUCAUAUACUUUCAAAUUCUCCAUUAUUUGUUGGAGAAUUCAUUACAGAUCGAGGAAAUCAUCUCAGUGAAAAUAAGGAAAAGUUUGAAAUUUUAGAAAAAGAAAAACGAAAAACUUUAAAUCUGUCUUCUCUCAGUCUCUCUAGUAUUAUGGAAGAAGCAGAAAAAGUUCAACCUGUAAAUAUAUUACAAAGUGGAAAAGGAUUUUCUAAACAUUUUACUGUACAAGUAUUGAAAGAAGAAACGUGUUACAAUGAUAAUUUUAAACCCUACAAAGUUUUAUUUAUUGAUAAAUGUUUAAGUGAUGAAUAUCAACAAAUCACCGUUGGAGCUUCGUUACAAGAUCAUCACUCUACCAAAGAUUCAUCAAAGAAGGAUGACCGAUCCAUAGGAGGAAGCAAACAAUGGUCUUCUACAUCUCCCUCCAAUAUGGAAGACUAUCACUUAUUUUUACAAGAUUGGAAUUUUAAAGCAUAUAAUGACAAACUCAAAAGAUCGAUUCAACAUUUUAACUUUAAUUAUUUACUAUUGAAAGGUUUUCAUUCUGCUAUUCCUGACAAAAUUAGGGAAUACUUUGAUGUGAUUUAUGGUGAAUUUGUUUCAUCACAACAACCAACACCUGAGGAAGAGAAGGACUUGAAAAAUUCAAUUCAUUGUGUCUUGAUGGAGGGUAUUUAUGACAAAUUAUUUCCGUUUCUUGAAAAGUAUGCGUUCAAUGAAGAGGACAAGAACUUUUUGACCAUGUGUGAAGUCAUCGAUGCAGCAUGUUCCAAAUCAGAAAAUAAUGAACCAGCAGAAUUUGAUCUCUAUGAAAUUUUAAACAUCAGCAAAAGUUUUCAGUGUAACCAAACAGAUUCCAUUACCUAUUUUUCAAAACAUUUAAAUUGUGCAAGAAAUCCAUUUGACAAGAUGAAAUGUCUCAAGCAAACGACAGAUAAAAUUGUUGCUUGUAUCAAUAGACAGCAAUCAAAUAUGAAAACAGAAUUUGUGACCACGGAUGACAUGAUUCCACUCCUUGCCUAUGUGGUAGUGAAAUGUAAAAUUCCAAAUCUCAUCACCAACUUUAAUUUUAUGCAAGAUUAUCAAUUAGAAGAAGAACAUGGAUUAUCAGAAUACGGGUUUAGUGUCACAACCCUGAAUGCUACCAUCAUGUUUUUGAAAACUGAAAUUUAUGCGAACAAUGAGCACAAGUGGAAAAAGUACAAGAAAAAGGUCACAAACACAGAUAGUAAGGUCGUGACACCCACAAAAUCACAGAAACCCUUCAAAUUAGAUGUGGAACCUUACUUGUCACCAAUUUCUCCGGUGAGUGGAACUACCUCUCCAAGUUUGGAACAAGUAGAUCGCUCUCCAUCCACAACAUUACAAACUGUCAACAAAUCCACCACGCUAGAGGAAGUAACAAAAACUCCCAGUACUCCUCAAGAUGACCAACCACCACUUGUUGAAUCUCACAAUAAUCUCUCUGGCUUGUUAAGCCCAAGAGACUCUCGUAGUUUGGCUUUGAAGCAGAAAAGACAAGAGGAGCGAGAAAAGCGCAUGUCACUUCGAAAACAAGAAUCAAUAGCAGUGAUCAAAAGUUUUGAAAACAAGGUACCAGAAAAGAAAUCGUCAUCUUCUUCAUCAAGUUCUGGAACCCUUCCCAGACAAAUGUCCUUACCUCAAUUUUCCAAAAACUCUUAUGAUAAACUUUAA